AGCCUUGUGGCUCAAGGGCCACGGCCAGGCGUUUGCGUUCGACCCAGCCUCUGGGUGAGCCAAGGCCCAUGGAUGAAACUUCAACGCCAUUGAAACGGAGCCGAACGCAAGGCGAGCUGCGCACGGUAGAUCUUUUCAAAAGCGGUCAUUCGUUUUGUGACAAUAAAAUCGUCACUUCCCACUACACGGUAGCGAAUUUCCUCCCGAAGAAUUUGAUCGAACAGCUCUCCAAACCUGCGAAUCUUUACUUCCUGUACCUGAUGGUCCUGCAGUGCAUGCCCUACGGAAUUUCGACAACCGGUGGAAUCCCCACUAUAUCAAUGCCGCUCUUAUUCAUCUUCUGUUUGAAUGGUCUGAAAGACCUUAUCGAAGACUACCGCCGUCACAAGUCCGACGCGCUGGAGAACGAGCGGCUUGUGUCUAUCGUCACGGGGUCCUCCGAGCCCCUAACCGCAGAGAAGUGGCUGGACGUGCGGGUGGGAGACGUGGUGGUGGUGAGGAACAACGAGUACAUCCCCGCAGACCUGGUGCUGCUGGCGAGCUCCGACGAGCAGGGCGUAGUCUACGUGGAGACGGCCAACCUGGAUGGCGAGACGAACCUCAAGGCCAAGCAGGCCCCCUCCGCCGUCUGCAGCAUGGUGGGCAGGCAUUCGACCGCGGAGGGCGCCCUGGAGGUGGCCCGGUCCUUGGAGGCGCGCAUCGCGUGCGACGGCCCGAACGAGUUCCUCUACUCGUUCAUGGGCACCCUGCAGGUGGGCAGGCCGGGCGAGGAGUCUCAGAAGGUUGCACUCGACGAGGAGAAGGUGAUCUUGCGCGGGUGCAAGCUCAGGAACGUGAGGUGGGCCCUCGGCGUCCCGGUGUACACGGGCAAGCAGACGAAGAUCAUGAUGAACAGCAGGUCGAGGAAGGGGCGCAAGAUCUCCCACCUGGAGUGGGCCAUCGCCAAGUUCGUGGGCGUGAUGUUUGUCUUCCAGAACGUGCUUGUUAUCUUUGGGGCGUUCUUCAGUGCGACGUUCGAUACGUCGGAGUCGAAUGUGGCCAGGAGGUAUUUGAACCUGACGGACCUCGACGGGGAUUCACUUGGGUUUUGGUUUGUGCUCAUCGUGCGCUACUUCAACAUCACGCUGCUCUUCGCAAAUUUUAUUCCGAUAUCUCUCCUGGUUUCCGUGAACAUGGUGAAGUUGUUCCAGGUGUUUUUCAUCGCGUAUGAUGUUGAGAUGGUUCACGGCGGGAUCUAUUGCAUGCCCAGGACAUCAGACUUGAACGAAGAGCUGGGACAGGUAGACUACGUCUUCUCCGACAAGACUGGCACUCUGACGUGUAAUGUCAUGGACUUCCGCAAGUUCGCCGUGAAAGGCGUCGUCUAUGGCGAUGGCAUGACCGAGAUCAAGAAAUGCGUGAUGCAGAAGAUGGGGCACCAGGUCGUGGAGCUGCCCUCGCAGAGGUCGCACGCGCGGACACCGCACGUGGAUCUGGAGGACCGAAGGCUGGACAACCUGCUCAAGCACAGGGCUGAUCCACACUGCCGUGCAGUGCGCGAGCUCCUGCUGCACCUGGCCAUCAACCACGAGGCGGUGGUCGAGGUCGACGACAACGGUGCGUCGUCCUACGCGGCUAGCAGCCCGGACGAAGCCGCGCUCUGCUAUGGAGCGCAGCAUUUUGGGCACGCGUUCGUGGGUCGGGACUCUCAGUGCUUGACGGUCGACAUUGACGGCGUGUCUACGAAGGUCCGCCUCCUCGCUGUCCUCAAGUUCAAUUCUGCCAGGAAGCGAUCCUCUGUAGUGGUGGAGUUCAAUGAGGGCAGUGACAUCCGAGCUGGAAGGCUCAGGCACGCCAUCUACACCAAGGGUGCUGACUCAGUGAUCUUUGCCAGGGUGAAAUGCUCGCCGAGCGAGCUUCAGCAGACGGAAGAGGUGGUCGGCCAGUUUGCCGAGGACGGGCUACGUACGCUCUGCUUGGCUGGGCGCGACCUUCAGCCAGACGAGGUGCAGCGCUGGCUUGUCAAGUACGAGGAGGCCUCCUUGGCAACCGCCAAGCGGCAAGAACUACUGGACCAGGUCGCCGAUGAGAUAGAAACAGACCUGGAGCUUCACGGAGUCACUGGCAUAGAGGACCGCAUCCAGGACGGCGUGGGGAGCUGCAUUGCGAGGCUGGCCGAUGCUGGCAUCAAGCUGUGGAUGUUGACUGGUGACAAGGUGGAGACAGCUAUCAACAUCGGCAUCGCGACUGGCCUCCUCGACCCGUCCGAGGGUGAACGGGGCAGCCGCCUGGUCCUGACGAGCACCGACUUCCAGAGGAGCGGAAGCUUCAACGAGACGGCCUUCGCUCAGAGACUGGAGCAGCUAGCCAGCGAGGCGCGUGGUGGGGGCACCUUCGAGGGCAUGGUCAUCGACGGCACGUGCUUGGAGGUAGCGCUGGAGCCCGCGAGCGAGCUUCACUUCUGCGCCGUAGCCCGGAAGUGCUUGACGGUGGUGUGCUGCAGGGUGUCGCCGAAGCAGAAGGGCGCAGUGGUGCGCCUCAUCAAGCGGCGGGAGAACGCUAUUACCCUGGCCAUCGGCGAUGGCGCCAACGACUGCAACAUGAUACAGAGUGCCGACGUCGGAAUCGGUAUCCGCGGCCUGGAGGGGCUGCAGGCAUUCAAUGUCUGCGACUUCGGCAUCGCCCAGUUCAGGUUCCUUGAGAAUCUCCUCCUGGUCCACGGGCGCUGGUGCUACCGACGAGUGGCCAUCCUCGCGAAUUACACGUUUUACAAAAACAUCGUUGUUGUCUUGCCGCAGUAUUUCCUCGGCUGCGUGUCGAUGUUUUCAGGUCAGAAACUGUACAAUGAUUUCAUGUACCAGACCUACAACGUUGUUCACUCCGCGCUGCCAAUUGUUUUGUUUGGAGUUCUAGAUCAGGACGUACCCAAGCGGUGGGCCCGCGAGCGCCCAGGGCUGUACGCCCUGGGCAGGCGAUCGGAGUACCUAAAUUUUCGUGCGUCCGGUUGCUGGGUGCUCAGCGGAGUGUGGCAUGCUUGGGUGAUAUUUGCGGUCCCCUUCUUCACGAUGUCGAACGGAAACGUGACGCACUCUGACGGCAAGGCGAACGACUUGUGGCUCGUCGGUAGCAUGGUGUACCUUCUCGCGGUCGUCGUCGUGAACCUGCAGUGCCUCCUGGAGACGUCCUUCGUCAACCGGCUGACGUAUCUCGGCAUCGCCUUCUCAUUCUUCUGGUGGUUCCUGCUCCAGGCCUACUUCUCGGGGCUGCUCACCGGCUCGGUCACCACGUCGGAGCUCCACGGCUCCCUGGGCCGGCUCUUCGGCUGCCCCAUGCUGUGGCUGGUCAUGGCCACCGCCGUUGCCCUGGCCCUCCUGGCCGACAUGCAGUCCAAGGGCAUCCGAUGCAGCUUCUUUCCUUCGGUGCUGCACCAGGUGCAGCAGGAAGUGCUGGAGGAGGCCCGAAAAAAUGCCCUCGCUGGCAAGAGCAGGCGGCCGCGAUGGGGCCUCCCUUGAGGGCGGCCGCCCCGAACCCGCGGGCUUCCGUGGUCGCCGCCGAGCUCCUAUGCCCGCGUGCGCCGCGGGCCGGUGACUGUCCGGCCGCCAGUUGCAAGGCUUCUAGAGGAGGAGAUAGACUUAGAGUGUAUGGUUUCGGAGGAGGAGGAGGA